UUUGUUCUACAUUCAGUGCUUUAAUGGCUUUGAUAGCAAUUAUCGGGAACAGCCUCGUUCUUUUUGCUAUCAUCAAGACACCUCGCUUGAGAUUYGUUACCAGUUACUUCAUCGCAUCGCUAGCUAUUGGGGACCUCUACAUGAACACGGUACUCGUUCCUUUAUGGGUGGUCAAGCUUGAACAAAAUAUUUGGACUUUAGAUCGUCAUCCUUUGGCAGUUGCUAUUGAAUUUCUAAGCAUACAGAUGGCUACAUCGGUGGCGUACAAUUUAUGUGUUGUCAGUAUUGAUCGCUUCAUUUCGAUCAAGUAUGUUUAUGAAUAUUCGCAAAUCUUAACAUCAAGGCUAGCUUUCGUAAUCAUUUUAGCUGUGUGGACAUUUUCAUUGAUCUGUUCUCUUCCUCGUCUAUUUUUGCAUGAUAUCAAAGAUAUCUCAAGGCUCUUCGUUACUCUAGCUUUCGUUAUCAUAUUCCUACCAUACGGGGUAAUURUCUACUGCUAUGUUCGAAUAUACAAGGUUGCUAAAAUCCACGCAAAUCAAAUUGCUACCAAUGACAGGCGACAGACKUUUGCGACAAUAGAAACAGAAAGAAACAAGAAGGCUGCUGUCACUAUYGGUCUAGUUAUAGGCAUAUAUUCCAUCCUUGGGAUACCUGUGCUUGUGGUUGCAGUAGUGGAUGGCAUUAUAACAUUCUCGGAUCCAUGUAAAGCCGUACGACUCCGAGUUUUCUGGAUGUGGGCUUUGGCUUUAAGCUAUAGUCAUUCUGCUUACAACCCCUGGAUUUACGCGGCUCGGAAUAAACUCUAUAAUCGAGCUAUAAAAGGAAUACUAGGUGUGAAACCAAACCGUUUGUUUGCUCUUGGCAACACAGCCUCUGUCAAUCAAGCAUCGACGAAAAAGRAAAAACACGAGGAGAGUUUACAGACAUCAAUGAAAAAGGGAAUGGAGCAGGAGAUAGAGCAGUCGAUAAAGAUAGAGAAUCGCAAAGAAGAAAGUAUACAAACACGCCACGUAAAUACAGACGACAACGACUGCAGUUCAAAUUAAAGCUUUGAGUUCAUGUUUUCAAGUAUUUUUAACUCUUCGACGACUCAUUUUUGCCAUGAAAUUUUCUUCAAUAUCCAUCCAGCUAUUUUCCCCUUGAGUACCAUUUGUUUCUUUAUCAAGCGCUUUGGGGGGAAAAAAAAACCAACAUUCAUAAAACAAGCGUAACAACUGUGCCAAAAUUAAUUAAUGGAUUUUUAUCAUUAAAGUGAAAUUAAYGCGAAAAAGUAAAGUGAUACAUGUAGAGAGCAUUAUGGCAAUAAUAAUACAGUUCACAGAUAAAUAAUUUAUUACCGAUACGUAUUUUGGAAAAAACGAGUAAGUACGUCUGCGCAUGCUCUAAGUCCAAGUACAAAUUAGUCCAAAACUUCUUCAUGCUGUUGUAAAAAUAUGAUUUUCAUUUAAUAUGACUUUAAUUUGACUUUCACAACUUUCAUGACAAACCUGAACUUACGGCAAAAUCCCACAACUCACAAAAUGCUAGAACUUACAAAAUGACAAAUCUUAAAGUCAGUUUUUGAAUCCAUUUAAGGUACGUAGCUCCAAAUAGUUUUUUCUAAGCGCGCGCGAGGUUGUGCACGAGCAUGCGCAGAACAAGAACUUGAUUAAUUUUUAUUUUGACUCGACGUCAUGAAUAUAUCGUUCGCACGCGUAAUCUCGUUUUGAAAUAACGCAACUAGACGGUAAAACAUAUAAAGCUUAAACAGUGGUCAAAAUAUUUAGAAAUUCGAAAGCGUGAAAUU